UCUUGGGGCUAUAAAGUGUGUGUUCGUGCGUAUGUGUGUGUGUGUACGCGCGUGUGCGUGUGCGUACGCGAGCGUGUGCGCCACUGGGUGUUUGGGUCAGGGCACCUCUGUGGCCCCCGUUGGGAGUGGGGAAGAGGAAGGGGGCAGAAAGGGAGGUUGGUUGUCGAGCCCAAAAGAACGAAUCUCCCUCUUCCCGACCCCCACCCCCAGCCCUUAGCAUAUAACCCUCCCGGGCUGACUUGAGACUAAGAUGGCGGCCGUUGCCAUGGCACCCAACCCAGUCCAGACCCUCCAAGAGGAGGCGGUAUGUGCCAUCUGCCUGGAUUACUUUACAGACCCCGUGUCCAUUGGCUGUGGGCACAACUUCUGCAGGGUGUGCGUGACCCAGCUGUGGGGUGGAGAGGAUGAGGAGGAGAGGGAGGAGGAGGAAGAUGAAGGGGAAGAGGAGGAGGUGGAGGCAGUGGGUGCCAGCGGCGGGUGGGACACCCCCAUGCGAGAGGAUGAGUACGAGGGGGACAUGGAAGAAGAGGAGGUGGAGGAGGAAGAGGACGAGGAGUUCUGGACCAGCAGCAUCAACGGCCCCACCUGGGACAACAUGGAUUACGUGUGGGACGAGGACGAGGAGGAAGACUUGGACUACUACCUGGGGGACGUGGAAGAGGAGCUGAGGGGCGAGGAGGAGGAGGAGGAUGAAGAUGAGGAGGUGCUGGAGGAAGACGAGGAGGAAGAGCUCGAGCCAGCCACCCCUCCACCGCCAGCCCCGGCCCCCAGGCGGAGGUUCACCUGCCCCCAGUGUAGGAAGACCUUCCCCCGCAGGAGCUUUAGACCCAACCUCCAGCUGGCCAACAUGGUGCAGGUCAUCCGGCAGAUGCACCCGGCCCCGCGCCGGGGCAGCCGGGGCAGCGAGCAAGGCGUGUGCCCCAAGCACCAGGAGGCCCUGAAGCUGUUCUGCGAGGUGGACGAGGAGGCCAUCUGCGUGGUGUGCCGGGAAUCCAGGAACCACAAGCAGCACAGCGUGGUGCCCCUGGAGGAGGUGGUGCAGGAGUACAAGGCCAAGCUGCAGGGUCACGUGGAACCAUUGAGGAAGCACCUGGAAGCUGUGCAGAAACUGAAGGCCAAGGAAGAGAGGAGGAUCUUGGAGCUCAAGAGUCAGAUGAAGACAGAGCUGGCAGCAGUAGCUUCAGAAUUUGGAAGAUUGGCACGGUUUCUAGCCGAUGAACAAGCCGGGCUAGAACGGCGCUUACGGGAACAGCAUGAAGCCCAGCUAGGGCGAGCAGGAGCCGCAGCAGGGCGCCUUGGGGAGCAAGCUACACAGCUAAGUCGCCUGCUGGCCGAGGCCCAAGAGCGAAGCCAACAGGGGGGACUUCGGCUGCUCAAGGACAUCAAGGAGACUUUUAACAGGUGUGAGGAGGUACAGCUGCAACCUCCAGAGAUCUGGUCCCCAGAUCCCAGCCAUCCCCACAGUCAUGACUUCUUGACAGAUGCCAUCGUGAGGAAGAUGAGCCGGAUGUUCUGUCAGGCUGCCCGAGUGGACCUGACUCUGGAUCCUGACACUGCUCAUCCAGCCUUAGCUCUAUCACCAGACCGACGUGGGGUCCGUCUGGCAGAGCGGCGCCAGGAACUCCCUGACCACCCCAAACGAUUUUCAGCUGAAUGCUGUGUGCUGGGUGCCCAGGGCUUCCGCUCUGGUCGCCACUAUUGGGAGGUGGAGGUGGGGGGGCGGCGUGGCUGGGCUGUAGGGGCUGCUCGUGAGUCAACUCGUCACAAGGAGAAGGGGGGACCAGCAGGGAGUUCUGGGGGUGGUAGUGGGGAUGCCACACAAUCCCGCCACCAUCAUCGCCGCAGAAGGCCCCAUUUGCCCCAGCAGCCAAUAUUUCAAAGGGAGGUGUGGUGUGUGGGUACCAAUGGAAAGCGCUACCAGGCACAGAGCUCGACUGAGCAGACACCUUUGAGCCCUGGUGAGAAGCCACACCGAUUAGGGGUAUACCUGGACUACGAGGCAGGACGACUGGGCUUCUAUAAUGCUGAGACUCUGGGACAUGUACAUACUUUCUCAGCUGCCUUUCUGGGUGAGCGGGUCUUCCCCUUCUUCCGGGUGAUUUCCAAGGGUACCCGAAUCAAACUCUGCCCCUGAAGGAUACCAGUGCUUGCUUCCCCUCCCCCAAAAUUCCCUUAUCUUGAUUAGGGGUUAAGGGUGGGUCCUCAAGCUAGGGAGGUUGGUUCUCUUCUACACUACUUUUUCUCCUAGGUUUCCACCUCUGGUUUUCAUUCUCCUGCCUUCUCUGUCGUCUGUUAUCCUUGUCUAUAGUUGGGUAUGGGUCCCUAAACAGGAAAAAAUUGUUGAAACAAUCUGCUUUCCCCCCACCCCCUGGUCUGUUUUCUACUCCCCCUCUCCAAUUACACCUCUAUUACUUGUUCUACCCAAGGGAAUUUUUUUUAGGGAGGGGAACUUUUUUUUUUGAAUUGGAUGAGACUCCCCCUCCACACACACACAUAUAUAUAUAUAUACACACCUUUCUGUCAGCUAUCUAUAGCUGAGGGGGAUAUAUGGGGAAGUCGGAUUCCUCUAAGGUUGUCUGUCAGAUCAGAACCAUAAUGGUAGUCACCUUCAUGGUUUUCACCUUAUGUCUCUGCCUCCUCCACUCCUUAUCCUCCAGUUCUGCUGCUCGUUUGCCUCCCACCUCCAAUUCCUAAAGGGAAGCUUGUCACCAAAAAUGUGACUGUUCUCAGGCCCAGAUUCCCCUUUCCCCUCCCCAGUUUGCAGCAUCCCCUACUUGGCUCAGCCCACUAGGGGAGGUAGAGAUAGGUUUGAUCCUUUGAGAAGAGUCUUGGGCAUAGUUAUAUUUUUCUAGAACCUUCCACUUCCAAUUUGGAGGUUACCCCCCCCCCCCGCCACUCCCUAUUUCUUAGCCUGCCUUUCUCUGUACUGCUGUUUGGGGGGAAAUUGAGAAGUGGGAGUGGAAUGGUGUGUAGAAACGAACAAUAAAAGUUUACUGUUUUAUCAGUUUCA